AUGGCACUACAGCCCGCUGAGGCUCAUUCUUUCUAUGCCGUUAGGUUUACCAAUUUCGCCUCAUACAAUAUUCUUUGGCGCGACGGUAACACGCACCCGACCGCAGAGCACCUGUUUCAAGUACACAAGCUCAUGACCCGAACAGACCUCCGCAACCUCCCGAACCCACGCGCCGCACUCGAGGAAGCGGGUCGCCUGCGCAGGCUACAACGCACAGACUGGUUCGAUGUCAAUAUCAGCGGCAUGGACGCGAUUCUCGAGGCGAAGCUCGCGCAGCAUCCAGAACUGAGAGACAUGCAGCUCGACACGGGAGAGAGCAACCUUAUCGAGGACAGUCCGGUCUCCUCCUCCUGGGGUUCGGGCUGUGAUCAGGGAAGAAAUGAGCUUGGUAAGGCACUCUUGCAACAUCUGUGCUUUUGGUCUGUGUUCGAUUAUCUGUAG